CCGAACUUCUUAGGACAAACACAAGGAUCUGUUUUCCUCUGUUCUCCUUUUCUCUCUUUGUUGGUAGCUCAGUCUCCCCUUUUCACUUCAAGUAACAAAUUGCGAAAAAAUAAUUAUGGAGGGAAAAAGUCGGUUAGGAAAUUUUGUAGAGAAGGCAAAGCCUUAUAUUUGCAUGAUUUCGUUACAAUUUGGAUAUGCUGGAAUGAACAUCAUAACCAAAGUGUCUCUCAAUAGAGGAAUGAGUCACUAUGUUCUUGUUGUUUAUAGACAUGCUAUCGCCACUGUUGUUAUAGCUCCAUUUGCUCUUAUUCUUGAGAGGAACAUUAGGCCAAAGAUUACUCUUUCAAUCUUUAUGCAGAUAUUUGUGCUGGGACUACUUGGGCCGGUGAUUGACCAAAAUUUCUACUAUGCGGGACUGAAAUUCACAUCGCCAACUUUUUCUUGCGCGAUGAGCAACAUGCUGCCUGCAAUGACCUUUGUCAUGGCAGUUCUCUGCCGGAUGGAGAUAUUAGAUAUGAAGAAAAUCAGAUGCCAAGCAAAAGUACUGGGAACAGCAGUGACGGUGGCAGGUGCGAUGUUGAUGACAUUGUAUAAAGGAGAGGUGGUGGAAAUGUUUUGGUCCAGAUACGUUCAUCCGAAAACCUAUGAAGCUACUACUACCACCACGGCUGAUGCUGAUAAAGACUGGGUGAAAGGUUCCAUUCUUCUCAUCAUUGCCACCUUUGCCUGGGCUUCUUUUUUCAUCCUUCAGAAUGUUACAAUGAGAAGAUAUGCAGCUCCCUAUUCACUGACAUGCCUGGUGGUCUUCAUGGGUACUCUUCAAUCCACUGUGGUAACUCUUGUCAUGGAACACAAACCAAAUGUUUGGGCUAUUGGCUUUGACAUGAACCUUCUUGCUGCUGCUUAUGCUGGAAUUGUAACAUCAAGCAUUGCAUACUAUGUUCAGGGACUGGUAAUGCACAAAAGCGGGCCAGUUUUUGUAACCGCUUUCAGUCCAUUGAUGAUGAUCAUAGUUGCUAUCAUGGGUUCUUUCAUUCUUGCAGAAAAAAUCUAUCUCGGAGGAAUCAUCGGUGCCAUACUAAUUGUAAUGGGACUAUACUCCGUCUUAUGGGGAAAGUACAAAGAGAGCAAGGAGGCAGAAGAGGAGGCGAUAAUUGAAGCUGUGAAAGAUGUGAAAAACCAGAUGAAAAUGGGGGGUCAUGAAGAUCUGGAAGCAAAUGAUAUCGAAAUGCAAAAGAACAAAGAAUUAGCCAUGGCGCCCAAAUUAGCCUUUAACGCAUCAGUUCCAACGCCACCUAUGCUUGCAGUGGAAACAAGGAAGCCCUGAUCACAAAGGGAAAGAACAACAAUCAGAGGAUAUUAAAGAAUGGAUGUAGUUAUGUGAGAAAGGAAGAAAUCAAAUAACUAUUCACAUAUGUUAGUUAGUAAUGGAAUAUUGAUCUUGCUAGGGAGUGGUGGAGGGGCUUUUUGGUACUCAAGGUCUUGGUAUUUUUUGCCCCUUGCUACUUUUGCUAUUCGGUAGGUACUAGAAUCAAUCUUGUACUCUGUUUUAAGGUAAUGAUAAUAAUAUCGAAGGCAAUAUUUUCUCACUACGAAA